AUGAAGACAGCAACCAACAAAAAUUUGGAAGAAGCCGCGUUUAAAUGGUUUUUGCAGCAACGUUCUAUGGGAAAUCCUAUUUCAGGUCCAAUCCUUUGUGAAAAAGCCAAAAUCUUAGCAGAAAAUCUCGGUUAUUCAUCUUUUAAGGCUAGUAACGGCUGGCUAAGAAACUUUAAAUUCAGACAUGGUGUACGCGAGUUAGAUUUGGCUGGUGAGAAGCUUUCAGCAGACUCUGCAGCUGCUGAAAAUUUUAUUGAAAAUUUUAAAACUGCAUCAGAAUCCUAUGAUCCGGAGUUUGUUUAUAAUGCCGAUAAAACUGGCCUUGUUUCGAAAGCAUUACCAAAAACCACUUUGGCUUCUAAAAGGAAAUCUAGUGCCCCUGGACAUAAGGUCAGUAAAAAACGUGUUACAGUGCUUAACUGUGCCAACUCCACUGGAAAUCAUAAACUACCACUUCAUUUGAUAGGAAAAUCAAGAAAUCCAAGAGCAUUUAAAAACGUAAAAAAACUUCCACUCUUCUACAAAAGUCAACCCAAGGCCUGGAUGACUUCAGCUUUGUUUACCGAAUGGUAUGAUGAAUUGUUUAUUCUUGAAGUAAAAAAGCACCAAAAAUCGAUGGGAAAAGAAGGCAGUAAGGUGCUUUUAAUUGUUGAUAACGCACCCACUCAUCCUACAGCAGAACUGUUGGAAAGAGAGAAUGGGCAGUUUAAAACGACGUUUUUCCUCCCAAUGUUACAAGUUUGUUGCAACCCAUGGACCAGUCUGUUAUUGAAACAAUGA